AUGCCUCUUCAAAAGGAGAUUAUAAAUGUUGACAUUGAGCUUGUGACAGGAGGCCUAGCGAAACUCUUGUUACAAUCCUCCCUACUAGAACAAAUUAGAGAAGGACAGAAAGUGGAUGACGCCCUAAUGAAGCAAGAGGCUUUGGUACAAGAAAGUAGUAGCAGUGACUUCACAAUGUCCAGCAAUGGAUUGCUGCGAUACAAGGAUAGGAUUUUUGUGCCUGACAAUGAUAGGGAUAUUGCUGAGUUUGUCGUCAGAUGCUUAACAUGCAACCAAUUCAAAGCAAAACACCAAAGACAAGUAGGGUUACUUCAACCGCUUUACGUUCCGGAAUGGAAAUGGGAGGAUAUAGAAAUGGAUUUAGUGGUAGGGUUACCCAGGACCACAAAGAAUCAUGAUUCUGCUUGGACAGAUGGUCAGUCUGAGAGAACUAUACGGAUUCUAGAGGACAUGUUGAGGUGUUGUGCUUUGGACUUUUCAGAUUCUUGGAACUGA